AUGGUGGUUGAAGCAGCUGCCGAUGGGAAGGGGUAUGAAGUUGAGGUGGAAGGAGAGUUGCACGCAGCCCAGGACCCAGAUUUUGGUGUGAUGUUGGGGUACGUGGAUCAUGUGGUCGAAGCAUGUGCGGGUCGAAUGAAUGGUUGGAACCGAGAUGAUGGAUGUGGACCUAAUGGCAGAUCAGUGGAAAGCUUGAUUGAGACUAAGCGACAGGUUGUGAUGAGGUUUGACGUGGGGAGGAUUUGGGGGGAUAGUGAGGUAGGGUGGGAAUAUGUAGGCUCGGACGGUGCAUCUGGUGGUCUUUUGUUGAUAUGGGAUGAAAUAUUUCUUAAACUGAAUAACUGUUAUAAAGGAGAGAGGUGGUUAUGCGUUGAAGGUAUCCUGCUGAAGAAUAAUUUCCGUUGUGCUUUUUUCUUGGUCUAUGGUGCGCAUAGUAGAGAAGAGAAGAGUCAUGUGUGGAAUGAGUUGAGUUACAUUACUGGCCUAUGUCAGGUACCUUGCUGUUUCAUGGGAGAUUUUAAUGAGAUUGUGAAUGUGGAAGAACGAAAAGGUACUGUUAGUUUGCCUCUAUCUGCAGAUGAUUUCAGGAGUUGGAUCCAAGACAUGCACCUAGUGGAUCUGCCACUUACGGACCGCAAGUUUACGUGGUUCCAUGGCCAUUCUUGUUGUUGGAUUGAUAUAGCUAUAGUUAGUAUAGAAUGGUUGGAGGAGUUCCCUGAGACCCGAUUAAGGGGCGGACCUGGAGGCCUGUCAGAUCACUGUCUAAUCAUUGUGGAAGAUAACAGGAUGAGGGGAGGGCCUAGGCCUUUUCGAAGUCUUGAUUUGUGGUUUACACAUGAAGGAUUUCUCAGAAUGGUCAAGGAGGAAUGGCGAAGUCAAGGGGAAUUGGAGUUUAUAGAGAAAUUGAAGGCCUUAACGGGCCCUUUGGGAAGGUGGCAUAAGGAGAAUUUUGGUGAGAUGGAUAAAAAGAUCGCGAAGCUGGAGGAAGAGAUUAAAAAGGUGGAUGAUAUGGUAGGUAAUAGGGUUUAUGAUGGGACUAUCGACGCCAGAAGGAAGGCAUUAGUCACAUGCUGUGAGAGGUAG